CACAGGCUCGCAGUCAAAUUUCUGCGGUUUCAAGGUCGACAUGAACUAUUGUGAUUACCAACGGGUUCGCCGUGCGUAGUCAGUUAUUCGAAAGCUAGUCAAAAAGAACGUCUUGAACCUUUUUGGAUACGUUAAGGAUAUAAACUCAGUGUGAAGAAUGUUAAACCCUGAGAUGUUUCUUGACUCGGAUACAGAAAAUGAUCUUAUACAAGACACAGUUGUUGCUUUCACUUCACGGCACUUGACAGAAGCGAUUGAGGGGCAAGUGUUGUACCAGGAAAAAUAUCACAAGGAAAAGAUCAAAACCCUAACAGUUGCUCUGGUUAUUUGCCUAAAUAUUGAUAUUGAUCCUCCGGAUGUACAAAAAAUUCCACCUUUCUCAAGAGUGGAAGCAUGGGUCGACCCAACCGAUGCUAACAGUCUACACGCUCUAGGCAAUAUCGGAAAAAAUCUUCAGGCCCAAUACGAACGAUGGCAGCCUCGUGCCAGAUAUAAACAGUGCCUUGAUCCAACUUUAGAUGAUGUGAAAAAAUUGUGCCUUAGUUUAAGACGCAACGCAAAAGAUGAUAGAAUUCUAUUUCAUUACAAUGGACAUGGUGUCCCUAGACCCACCGAGAAUGGAGAAAUAUGGGUUUUUAACACGAAAUUUACUAAAUAUAUACCGUUAUCAUUAUAUGAUCUACAAAGAUGGUUAGGUGCUCCAACCGUUUAUGUAUUAGAUUGUCAAAAUGCUGGGAGAAUAAUACAUAUGUAUGAAGUUUUCUGUGAACGUCGAAAAGCUGAAGCAGCUGUAGUUGAACAAAGACAAAUGGAAUGUGAUGGUAAAACUGAUCAAUCAGAAACAUUUCAAUGCAAUCAUCAAACAUAUUCUGGAUCAAAUUUUCCAAAUAUUCAUAAUCAAGCCACAUUACCAUCAUCCUCCACUGCUCAUGUUGUCAGUAUGGAAAAUACAUUUAUGUUGGCUGCAUGUAGUAAAGAUGAAGAUUUACCACAGAAUCCAAAUCUUCCAGCAGAUUUAUUUACUGCUUGCUUAACUACACCAAUCCGUAUGGCACUUCGUUGGCACUGGUUACGUCAUCAAGAAUAUUUUCCCGGCUACCUAGACGAAGCUUUAUUAGAUCGUAUACCUGGCUCUCAUUCAAAUCGUAUGUCAUUACUUGGUGAAAUUAAUUGGAUAUUCACUGCAGUAACUGAUACAAUAGCAUGGUGUAGUUUUCCAUUGGAUAUAUUUCAAAAAUUAUUUCGUCAAGAUUUAUUAAUUGCUAGUUUAUUUAGAAAUUUCUUAUUGGCUGAACGUAUUAUGAAAUAUUAUGGAUGUCAUCCAGUGUCAGCUCCUCUGUUAUUACCAACUUAUCAGCAUAGUAUGUGGGAUGCAUGGGAUCAUACUGUAGAUCGUGUGAUACAUUAUCUACCAAAAAUGUUAAAAAUCAUUGAAGGUGGUAGCCUAUACACUGAGAAAUUAUUGCCAAUAAUAAUUCCCAACUCAAAUACGGUUGUCAAUAAUAAUAAUGGUGGACUAUUAAUGAAAACAGUCAACAACAAUUAUCCAAAUUCAAACAAAAUUACUACCACUACUACUAAUAAUAAUAACAAUGGUAAUAAUAAUAAUAAUAAUAAUAAUAAUAAUAAUAAUAAUAAUGGUAAUAAUAAUCGUAUACCAGGGCCACCUUGUCCAACUGGCAAUAUUCCAUUGGAUGUGUGUACAAAUCGUGCUCGUCAUUUUUCUACACAACAACAAACUCACCUAUUACAACAACAGUAUCAACGACAGGAAAUUCCACAAGGAAUCCACUCAGGGUUAUUACCAUUGAAACCAGUCAAAUCAACUGUUCCUUCAGUUUGCGUAUAUCCACCAAAUAAGUCACAUAGUGAUAAUAAUAACGAUGGCAAUAAUAUCGCUAUUUCACAGCAACCAUUGACGAAUCCAACUAAUCCUGACUUGAUUACGAGUUGUGAUGUUGCGUCAACCAUGACAUCAAGUACGGUGUCCAAUGUGACUGUGUCGUCGACUUUCGUGUCUACAACAACAACGACAGCUGUUACAAAAUCAAGAGCAGUUGGUAAAGCUGAUCAUUUGAGAAAUCAUCCAACCAACCAAUUGAUUGAUACUCAUGAGAAGAAAUCUCAACUGAAUCAUGAUUGUCUUCAGUGUGACAAUAAUGAUCGUUCUACAGCUAAUGUACUACAGUAUGGAUUGCCUCCUGAGUGUCUUCAAACUCAACAUUAUCCAGUUACUGUUACUACUAUUACUACUAAUACUGUGACUACUGCCACUUUUAAUACAUCUAGUCGAACUUCUGAGUUAGUAUCAAAAUCAAAGGUAUUCAAUCUAUUGAGCUCGGAUUUAGUUGCCCCACCUCCAGGAUUUAAUAAUAAUAAUAAUAAUAAUAAUAAUAAUAAUAAUAGUAAUGCUGAUAAGCUUCAGUCGCAACCGCUAACAGCCAUGUUGAUUGAUUCAGAACAAAAUAAUCAUCCUCCUACUACCAAUACUACUGUUGAAUUUAUCAGUAAUGAUACUAAUGAUAGUAAUAAGGAUUCGAUUGAUAUAAAAUCAACUCUUCAUAAAGUGAAGCAGAUGAAUCACUUAGAAAUUACUAAGUUUACUAAUCAAAAUACUAAUGACGAAUCCCACUUUACCAAUGAUGAUAAUAAUGAUAAUGAACCGAAAUUUCUCACUACUACUACUAUUGCUAUGAACAAUAACGAUUCUGCAUCAAUUGUUCACCAUACCAUAACAAAUGAAACAGAAAAGUCAGUUGAACAAGCGGAUAACCAAAUCUCGAAGACAACGAUACCGAGCGGUUUUCAUCCUUUUCAACAACAACAACAACAACAACAACAACAACAACAACAACAACAACAACAGCAGAACACAUCAAAUACUCAUCACGAUCAUCGUCAAAAAGAUUCAUCUAGCCGGAACGAUAAGGUUAAAUAUUUUGAACACGAUGAUAACCAGAAUAAUGAAACCAGUCAAGAAAAAAUCUGUCAUGAGAAUAAUGGUAACGAUGAUGAUGAUGAUGUUGGUGAUGACGAUGAUUCGACAGACAAUUCUGAAACAGAUGACGACGACGAUGAUGAUGACAUUGAUGUUGACGAGGAAGACGAUGAUGAUGAUGAUGAAGAGGACGAUGAUGGUGGUGGUGACGAAGAGGAAGAAGAUAAUAGGGCGGAACAAUACAAAUGUAAUAAAACUACUUUAAAUGUUCCAAAUAUCAUCGGUUCAACAGGAAUUGUUGACAAUAGAACUAACCUUUGUAGUGGUAUUGGUAAUAGUAAAUUGAUGAAUAAAAAGCAUGAUAAACAACUUUCUCAUAGUAUAUCCUGUUCUGAUUUAUAUACACAUACAAAUUGUAAUGAUCAGCAUGAUUCACAACCACAAAUUACACGUCAACAACAACAUCAACAACCUCAUUCGAAAUUAACACAUGAACAAGUAAACAUGAACACAUAUGAUGAGAAUAAUACUACUAAUCGAUGUCAACACUUACCACCAGGAGUAGUAGUAGAACAUCAACAAACACCAUUAAACUUGAAAAAUAAUAAUCAUGAUGGUACUGUAACUACUGAAAAGGCGACAUUAAUCAAAUUAACAGAAUCUACUAAAUUGAUGAAUAUGACUUGUAAAGGUAUAGUACUAAGUGAAACUAAUAAUCAAACACAGAAACAAUCACAUGUUCAUGUACAAAAUAAUGAACUAAAACAACAAGAUAUAGAGAAUAGUGUAGUAGUUUCUGCAAUAAAAUGUAAAUUAAACAAUGACCUAUCAUCAAUGAAACAAGCUGAAAAUUCUAAAAAUUCUGGAAACUCACGUAUUUCCACUCCAAUGAAACCUCGUCAACCACCGAUUCACACACAGUAUCCACAUGGUUAUGAAAAGUUGUACCUGUUACCAAAUAGUGGUGAUAUUCAGAAAGUGACUGGAGCCUGUCGGCAUCGAGUUAUUAGCAAUCACUCCAGCAAUAAAUCAGCGACAGUAAGCCAACAACUAGGAGGACCAAUAACAACAACUACAGUUUCAUCCGCACAGAUCAAACAUAUCAAACAGUAUUUUGACUCUAGAACUUGUACAAAAUUACCAAAUGCAAAUGAUCAUUGUAACAAUAGAGUUAUUCUACCAAAUAAUGUUAAUUAUCAAAAUGAACAUUACCCGGAUCCAAAUAAAUCUCAGUUGAAUUAUUAUUCCGACACGUUAUUAUUACCACCACCGUCAUCUAACCAACGAAUGAAUACAUCAUCUACGUUACCACAAUUGUCUCAUUGUCAACAGUCAAUGACUAAUCAAUUCGUCAGUCCCACGGUGUCGACGGCUUCUACUACAGCUGCCACUACUGCUACCACCACGACUGCUACAGUUUUUUCUGGAUCAGUGAUAGGUGGAAGUGGUCCAUCGUCAUUUUUCACUAGUCAAAUGACUGCAUUCAAAAUCUGGUUACAAACGGCUGAUGAACGACGUCCUGUAGCUACGCAAUUACCAAUUUUAUUACAGAUUUUACUAAGUCAAAGUCAUCGAAUACGUGCAAUGCAAUUACUCAGUGAAUUUCUUGACUUAGGACCAUGGGCAGUAGCGCAUUGUUUAACAGUUGGAAUAUUUCCUUACAUUGUUCGUUUAUUUCAUUCACCAGUUUCAGAAGUGAAACCAUAUUUGGUAUUUAUUUGGGGCAAAAUUAUUGCCAGUGCACAAACUGAAUUCGGUCGAAAUGAUUCAGUUCGUGAUUUCGGUUAUAAAUAUUUCAUCGCUUGUUUAAGUGAUACUGAAAACCUUUCUCCUCUUACUAGAACAAUCACAGCGUUUGCAUUAGCUAAAAUGUUGGAAAAAGAUGAAUCUGAAGAGCCUGAUCCAUUUUUUCAAGAUGUUUAUUUAAAACAAAAUUUCUUACCAAUUGUACAAACACAAUUAUUUGAUAAUACUCCAACAGAAAAUGAAGAAAUGCUUAUCCGUAUGAGAUUAUGGCUUAUUCUUGCAUUAGCUAAAUUGUGGUGUAAAAAUGAUGAAGCUCGAUGGUUUGGUAUACGACAUAAUUUACCAGAAGUACUUCUGGCUUAUUUAAAUGAUAUUUCACCGGAGGUUCGAGCAGCUACAGUUUAUGCUCUUGGCAAUCUCAUUGAAAAUCAAACUACUGAUUCAUCGAAACAAAAUCAUGCAGAUCAAAUAAGUCAUGAAAUUGGUGGUCAAUUAGUCAAAUAUUCAUCACGUGAUGCUUGUCCAUUAGUACGUUGUAUGGUUGUUGAAGCAUUUCGUGGUUUAGUGAAACAAUUCGAAUCACAAUUAUGCGCUAUUGGUAUACAAUAUAUACAAGAAAUAUAUAAUAAACAAUCUCAACAAAAAUCACACCAAAAUUCUACAAAAUUAUCAUUACAUUCAAUAACAUCAUGCCCUGCAAAAAGACCUAUGCGUCAUAGUACAAUAAGUGUAAUUACUCCACCAGGAGGUACGGGGAACGGCGGAGGUGGAGGUCUACUCAUAUCUCGUCAAUCAGAGUUAACUUCUAAUCAUAUCAAUUUACAUAGUGGUUGGUUUUUAACAAAAUCAUCAAGUCGAGAAGUUGAUCAACAACAUAACUACAAUUAUUAUUAUUCUCAUCAUAAAUCUCAUUUAAUCAAUACACAACCACAAGCUUCGCCAAUUUUACGUAAAUCUGUUUUCAAUCCUGGUUCAGUGUUUUUCACUGGUAGUGGUAAUACACCUAGUACAAAUAUCUACGUUCAAUUUUGGCUUACAUUAGUUCAAUUAGCUCAAGAUCCUCAUCCAGAAGUUUCUCGUCUUGCUACAAUUUUAAUACAGUAUCUAUAUGGAAAGGUAAAUUAAAAAGAAGACAAUCUUAUUUUCACUACCUUCUAUUAAUUUUGCCUAUUGGUUCCAUUUACGUAUCAUAUAUGUCUAUUUAAAUAGUGAAAAAGAGAUAGAUUGGCCAAGGCAGUGAACUCAUUUACAUCAUUAUGACCGAUGAUGAACCAUGUCUUUCAACAUCUCUGAUCAUCGGUUACGAUCAUCAUAAAUUAAUAGUCGGAACCUAUCAACAUUUAAUGACUUUAUGGAUUAAUGCCACUUUUUGAUUUUUCCCCACCUAGUUUUUUUUUCUUAACUAAUAUUUAAUCAGCAGACAUCAGAUGUUGAGAUUGGCGGUUGUUGAGUUUAAAUAAUGAUCAGUAUACUUACAACAUCCUAUGAAGUUUAAAGUCAAAUAUCGACCUCUACAUAAGUAAGUUUGAAAACUUACUUAGGAUGUUAUGUAUAUAUUAGAAAAAAGAAGCUUGUUAUAUGAAAUUCAUUAGAUAGUAAUGACUAUAAGAAGUAACAUUGUGGUGUGUGCUACUGAUAUCGACAGAUAUAAGUAGUAUGCAUCACUAAUCGAAAGUGAAACGCCUGGUAGUAGAAAGUUAAGUAGAUGUUGACGUCUACAUGGUCCAGUCGAUCACCAGGUGAAUGACAAAGGGUGAGAGUAAGCAACCUUACCUGACACCGGUCUUUAAUUUGAACGAGUCUGUCAGUUGUCCUCCACGCACAAUUUUGCAGUUCAAUCCAUCAUAGCAAUUCCGUAUGAUGUUGACUAUCUUCUCAGGUUCAACGUAGUGUCGAAGAAGUUUCCAUAGUGUUGUUCUGUCCAUGCUAUCAAAUGCUUUCUCGUAGUCGAUGAAAUUGAUGUAGAGUGAUGAAUUCCAUUCCAUUGAUUGUUCCACGACGAUUCGUAGAGUUGCGAUUUGGUCUGUAAACGAUCUAUCCAUACGGAAUCCAGCCUGUUGGUCCCGAAGUUGGGCGUCUACGGAGUUGUUCGUUCUGUUUAACAUUACCCUGUCGAAGACGUUUCCUGGUAUUGAGAGAAGAUUGGUACCUCUGUAGUUCUCACACUUGCCGAAAUCGCGUUUCUUUGGUAUAUUGAUCAGGUGACCUUCUUUCCAGUCUGUUGGUACCUGUUCUUCAUCUCAAAUCUUGCUGAGUUGGGUUGGUAUUCACUGAUUUAUAAACUAAUUUAAUAUAGUGAUCAGUUUUAAUUAUUAUGACAAUACAACUCAACUUUUUUAACUGGACCACUUCAUUCUGUAGGUCAUACAAUAUGAGUAAACAAAAUGUAUUACUUUCAUUUUCCCAAGUUGUGAUUCUUUCACAUUCUAUUGUAGUCUCUAUAGUAUCAUUCCCACUGACAUCACCGUCUCAUGAAAUCAGGCGAAUAAUUAAGGCGCUAUACUUUCCC